AAGCAGUUAGUCAAGAUAGAGACAACAGAAAGUGGUCUUUUCCCCUAUGAAUCUCUCAAAGCUGCCAUUGCCUGGUGUAGACUCAAAUAAGUGAAACAUUUUGCAGAGGAUAGCAGGGAUAAGGAAAAAGAGAGAAUAGGGGAAUUCUAUCAGAUGGUUGUGAAACUAGAUUUUUUAAGUGAAAAGUUAAAGUUGAGCCUCUUGGACAAUUGCUGGGUGGGAAAUUUGGCUGGCUGAAUCAUUAAAAUCCCAGAACUAGAAUGGCACCAUUGUAUAAUAAACUGAAGCUCCUCUCUGAAUUUUUCCUCUCUUCACUGGAUUUAAGUGUGAAAGGUACAGACCAGGGAUCUGAGCAAGUUAAUUAACCUUGGGAGGCUGGUGAAAGGGUUAAAUUUGGUAGACAGUGUAACUGGUGAAACUCAUCUGCCAAAGUGUAGUGGUAUUAGAUAUGAUCUUGAAGUAGCUUGAACACAUUUUUAAAGCUUCCAGUUACUUUAAUUUAUGGAAGUCUUGACUAAAUCAAAAGACCCUCAGGAAUAUUUGCUCCUGAGGAGAAUGUUUCACUGAUGUGUGUUGCAGAAAACAUUGCAGCAGCAGUGUUAUAACUGGAUAAUUGAUUAGGCGUCCAAGCUCUAAUCAUUACAUCAAAUCAACCAAACCUUUAGUUGAUUAAUGAGGGGAAGCCAGUUUUAAUCAAUGGAACUUUUAAGGACUUACAUAUUUCCUUAUGGAGGCUGUUUUGGUUCUGGUGUGUUACUAGACUAGAGAAUGAAAAAGCUGUAAUGGAAGCAAGAGGCUCAGGAAAGUUUGUUUCUGCCCUUCCUUGCAUAACUGUCUUGUAGAGUAGGCCAGUUAUGGCUCAGCUGUCUGGUUUCCUCCUCUAUAACAUAAGUCAGGAGGGAGAUCUUGGGACCCUCACUCAAACACUUACAUGGGGAUUGCACAGAUGUCUUCUAAAAGUCAGAUAGGGAAAUGAAAAUGUCAACAGGACCCAGCAGGAUAUGGAAAACAAAAAGGAGCAUCUGUGGUUCUAAUUUAUCUCAUCCUAAACUUUCUACUUGGGAUCAGGUGAGUAGCAAGGAUGGUCAGUUGCAGGAUUAUCUGAUGGGGGUGGGAUGGAUCCUGAUGUGAGAGAACAAAGGCUACAUAGCACAGUCCAUUUAUUAGGGGCUCAGGACCCCAAUUUGGCAGGCAGUUCCCAGCAAACCAGAAGUGUGGCAUACUUGCCAGGCGAAGAUUAACACUCCACUGAGAUCAGAUGAAGGUGGACAGUUACUGCCCAGAUUCCUACCCCCACCCCAAUCUUUCUGUGACACAGUCUGAAUCAUUUUGUUGACGUAGGUUGUGUUUUGGCUCCCGCAAGGCAAAUGGAGCAGCAAGAAACCAGGCUUUUCCCUCACAGAAGCAAAUAUUAGAGAUGGCUUUUCCUUGUGACACUGACUGAUUGGUUUGUCUUUCACUUCCUAACUUAUAUCAGAAAGACAUCUAAAUUGGGGCUAUGCUAGUGUACAAAAUAUAUUCAAGUGUAGUUGGCUAUUACCAAUUCCUUAAAUCAUUUGGCAGCCCUGGCGUUUUACAUUGCAGCUUGGAUUUUCUUCCUUAACUGAACAACACCAAAAAUAUAAUUCUGGCUCAAUAAUAGACCAGGCAAUGCUGUGAAACUGAAAUGCUAUUUAAUUCCUUCUGUGUGAUUUGCUUAUAUAAGAGAAGUUAGAUACUUUGGGCAUUGAUUUCUAUAGUCAAACAUUAGGAUGGCAACGUUCACAUGCUGAUGAUCCCAGACUGAUUUGGUUAAUGCCCCCAAAUUAAAGUAUUUCUCCUUUUUUUAGACAAAUGCAAUUAAAUCAUGACAGGGCCAUUCACUGAUGUGCCUUGGAGCUUGUUACAAAUACAAUUGUGGUUUAGCGGACUCAAAUACUCCCUCCCAUCAGCAUGGAUUUAUUCUGCUUUUUCAAAGUUUGCUUUAGCUAGGAUUGUCUCAUUACCAUGAUUUCCAAAUCUACUUCAGGUCAUAGUUAAGAGGCUAGUCCUGGUCAACCCAGUACUCUUUUCAGGUGGAACUCACUGGAACCCCUCAGCCAUUGCCAUUAUAAGAGAACAAGGGACACGUUCAUGGUGAGUUCCAUCACCUCAUUUUCUAGAAAAUUAGCACAGGUAAACCACUAACUGUGGAAUGUUGUGCCUUGGCUCUCAGAAAUUCACCCGUUUUUGUCUGAGAUUAUCACUGUUAAUGAGAAUGCUGAUAUUUACUGUAAUGAAAUACAUUUUGUCUCAGAGGUUGCUAGAUUGUUCCAGACUUUGAUACUUCCUUUGUAUCCCACCACAACAUAUAAGAGCACCACAGCUGUGUUAACCCCAGAGCUAAUUUUUUUGAGGCUGUUUUAAUUUUUCUAUGACUCAAAGUCUGAAAUCAUCUACAUAUGCAGGAGAAUGAAGUGGUAAAGUAGACAAUACAACUUUGGACAGCAAGUGAGCAUUUAUGAAUGCUCCUCUGUAAGUAGAAAAUUAAGUAGAAAAUUAAUGUAUCAGCAGCUUCUGUCUAUGCUAGUUUUCUCUCAUAGGAACACAUUUUAAAAUGAGGUCCUCAACUGCAGACUGAAGUGGGAUGACGCAUUCUCCCACCUCGAGAUUCUGCCAUCUCUUUCUACUAGGUGUAUGGAACCUGCCUCAUUCAUUCAUUCAUUCCCUCCCAGGUGCUGACCUUUCUGAUUACUUCAAUUAUGGAUUCAAUGAGGAAACAUUGAAAGCCUAUUGUGAAAAGCAGCGCUGGUUUCUGCUUGGCUUGAAGUCAUCUGCCCCUGUCAGUGCUGAAAAGCAGAUCAAGGUUCAACAAGGAAGAACUAGAAAUUCAGAAAAAGAACCAGAUUUUAAAGCAGAUCUUACGGCCCCAGUAGGUGGGCAGGUGAAAGUCGGGUCGCCCCCAAACAGACUGGGUAAGAAUGCCCAAGUCCUUCCUGUGGAAGAUCUAAGGGCCAAGGGUCUAUAUACAGUGGAGCUUGGUGCAGUAUAUGACCUACGUGUUGCCAGGAAGCUAAGUGUGACCAUUGAUGUGAUAGGUGGAGAGCCAGGCACUAUUAAAAGAGUGGAAGGAAGGCGUCGUGAUAAGCAUGGCCCAGAGGAAAGCUCAAUUCAGGUACUUGGUGAUAAUGGGAGCAAGGCACAUCCCACAAAGUCACUGCAGCAACCAGGGCCACAACAGCUAUUGGUGCCACCCACGGGUCCUCCACCAUCAGUAGGUGGUUCACCUCCAUCUUGUUUUUUCCUUCCUUGGAUGCCAGUUAUUUCUUCCCCACCACUUUGCCAUCAUCCAGGUAUGCCACCCCCAGCUCCCGUUCCAGGUCUGUUUCCUCCACCUCAUGCUUCACCACCACCCCUUUCGAUUCCAACACAUGGUGGGUUACUGUCAUCUUGUGAUGUCCUGAUUUGUGUCCCAUCAGCAGAAAAGUCUGCCAGCUACAGCAACAGCCAACCACCUCCAUUUGGCUACAACUCCACAGCGAUGAUGAAAGGGAUCAUUACUAUAGCAGAGAAGGCAGCUACAAUUUUGAGCAGGACUAUCACAGUAGAGAUAAUAGUUGGGAGUGAGAAUAUCAUCAUUGGGAGCAAAGGCACAGAGACAAAGAGGAAGCAGGCAAAUACAAAUCAUGGUGGUAAGGCUUUUCCCAAUGGUAGGUUGGAGCUUCUAGCUGGGAUCAGGCCAAGGAACAUUAAAUUACGUAGGGGUAAACUGUGUUCCAAUCUGGCCUUUCUAUCUAUAAUUAUUUAGAAUGGACAAAGGCUGUAAUAGGUGUAGGAGGGAUGGCUGGAUCUCUCUACCACAUGUGGUAGACCUGCCCAAAGGUCCUUAUAGACCAAAAUAAUUAAAGAUAUUGGUUGGUUAUAGAAUCAAUUAUUGACUCUCAACCCCAGAUUGGUCCUGCUGUAUAUUUCAGAAAUGGAUACUGAGGUUUUAACACCCUAAGACUUAAGCCUAUUUCUCUUGGCAGUGGCUAAACUUAUGAUAGUAAAACAUUAGAGGUCACUAUCUAGGAAUUUCAUGUUAGAAUGGACAACUAUAAUAUCAAUUUGGUUUUAACUGAAUGUUUACAGACAAAUUUUAUACUAGGGCAAGAUUUAUUGAUUAUGCUUCCGUAAAGGAAUAGGCUUUGCCUGCCAGGCUUGCAUGGAUGUUUCUGGAAGCCCUCCUUGGCUUCACCUUUCCUGACUUAGGUUUGUUCUGACUUGGUUCAGCCAUUGGCCAUCCAUCUUUGGGGGAGGGUUGGGGCAGGAGCUCUUUUUGUAUACCCUUCCUAUCAUUGGAAUGCCCAUACCUGCUAAAACAAUGGAAGAAAUUUUAAAAUUGUUGGUUCUGGUGUUUUCACAUGGUUUGUGAUCAACUUUCCAACUGUUUACAUUUCUUGAAAGAACUGAGUUUAUGAUGAGGUUCCAGUAGGUAAAUAUUGUGACCUAUUUAUGAAACUGAAGAGAGAACUGUGUUUGAAACCUUUUUCUUGUUAGAAUAAGUCUCUUCUCCAAGUGACUAUUCCUCAUUCUUUCCUUUCAGUGAAGAUGAAAGGGAUGGUUACUAUAGCCAAGAAUGUAGUUAUGAUUUUGUGUGGGGCUUUCACAGUAGAGAGCAAGAAGACCAUCAUCGGGAGCAAAGGCACAGAGACAAAGAGGAAGCAGGCAAACACAAAUCAUGGUGGCAAGGGGUUUCCCAUUGGUAGUUUGGAGCCUCUAGCUGGGAUCAGGCCAAAUAGCAUUAAAUUAUAUAGGGUUAAACUGUGGUCCAGUCUGAUUCAUACUAAUAUAUAUUU